AUGCGCGCGCCCGCUCCCUUCUCCCUUCCCCCAUCCUCAGUGUCCUGUCUGCACUGGCCUGCUUCGACACGUCCAGGGACUCUGGAGCAGCAGCGCCAGGCUCAAGGCGGGAGGCGGAAGACGAAUGCAAACUUUAACGGCCGCGCAGGACGUGCGAAGAAGAGGUCGUCCUGCCCGCGGGCCGGCGGGGUGGCCAGGGGAGUCCUAGCUCCGCGGUCCCCGGAGCAGGCGCUGGCGGGAGCCCCGGCUCGGACUCCGGGGGGGUGGUGGGAAGUUUCCGCGUGCGGGGUGCGAGGUGGGUGCCUAGACGGACGCGGGAACUUUAAGGCGGGGAAGAGUCGGGGAUUCCACGCAGCUGCCGAUCUGUGGGUCGGAAACAGAACCGAACAGGAGCCGCGCGGCGAGUCCGACGCGGCCGUGGCCGGUGGCCGCAGAGCGGCGCUCCCCCUCCCGCCGGGGAUCUGCGUGUGUGGGGGGCGCGCGCGGGCGGACUCGUGUGUCCUGGUGGCGGCAGCAGGAGGCGGAGGGGGCGGAGCCGGGCGGGCUGCAGGGAGGGGGCCGGGCGCGGGGAGAACUCGGCGGCGGCGGGUUGGGGGACCAUUGCUGCGUGCGCCGGGCUCAGUGUCGCCGCCGCCGCCGCCGCCGCCGCCGCCGCCGCCGUUGGGGGGGAGCUGUUGUGGAGCGGGCGGGCGGGGGAGCGGUUGGGAGAGAGGGAGGGAGCAGGGAGCAGGGAGGAGGCGCGCCGCUGUUUUGUCUCCUCCUCUCCCUGUGGAACUGCUCCUGCUGCCGGGGAGGCCCCGGCCGGCUCCCUUCGGACUCUUGGCCCUCGGCGACUGCGGUGGCUGCCCCUCGGCCCAGCGGGGAGGGAGCGAGGCGCGGCGGCCCUCGGCUGGGACUCGACUCGCAGACUCCUUGGUUAAUCAUCUUCAGAAGAGUGGAUUUCUGAUGUACCAAACUCCAUGUCUCUCAUUGAAAUUAAAAUUUGAUAUCACAGAUAAACAGCAUUGA